GAAGAAAACUUUAUGAAACUGGAGGAUUAUCUGCUGCAAACUUUUGCAUCCUUGCAGAAGCGAUCAUGAUAUGAAGUAUGCACGAUGUUAACAGGACACUGAUGGAGGCUGAUCAUGUGCAUCAAUAACCUGAGCGGAGGCAAGAUGAGGCUGAACAUACUGGCUGGACCAUUACACUGGGGCCUCCUGCUUCUCUGUAUAGCAGGCUUCUGCAGCCAGCUUGUAUCCACUGGCAACCAAAGCUCCCGAGGACAGGCAGGGUCAUCGCAGGAGAGGACAGGGACUUGUGAAGUGGUUGCUGCUCAUCGUUGCUGCAAUAAGAACAAGAUUGAGGAACGCUCUCAAACAGUCAAGUGCUCCUGUUUCCCAGGACAGGUGGCGGGCACAACAAGGGCUCUGCCCUCUUGUGUUGAAGCCUCCAUUGUUCGUCAGAAGUGGUGGUGUAAAAUGGAGCCGUGUCUGAAGGGAGAAGAGUGCCGAGUCCUUCCUGACCUCACUGGUUGGUCAUGCAUCUCUGGAAACAAAGUAAAGACCACAAAGGUGGCGCGGUAGCAAGAAAAUCCAUCUAAUCAG